AUGUUUGACCACCAGUUGAUCUCCUUCAAUAAGCACAUCAAAUCCUUUCAGUUUGCCCCUGGCUUGGUCUCCCGUCAUUUCAUCGUGAAGCGUGCCUCAGUAGCUAUCAGCAUGAAUCUCUUCUUCGCAGGUCUUUUGUCAAUUCUGCUGCCAGAGAUCUGUGAUGCUUUCCACGCAAGAGGGACACUGGGCGUAUUAUCUAUUCUCAACGUGAUUGAGUUCAUCCUGGCCCUCUUCUCCAUUGAAGAAACGAGUAGUUGGAGUUUGGUGGACCUUGAAAAGGUCUAUGAGCGCCCAAAGAUCCAACUGAUGAUGUGGGUAUGGCAUGAACAGCUCCCUUACUUUAUCCAGAAGUGGAUCCUCUGGAGGAGGAGUGUUGAUGAGCCUGUGCCAUAUAAUAGCUAUGGCGAAGAGGGACACGGUGGUGAAUCGGAAACAGAGAUGUAA